AUGAUAAGGACAGUAGAUGAUUAUGAUUAUCUCUUCAAAAUCAUCUUAAUUGGCGACUCAGGAGUAGGGAAAUCUAAUAUGCUAUCACGAUACACCAGAAAAGAAUUCAACUUAGAAUCAAAAACCACAAUUGGUGUAGAAUUUGCACAGAAAAAUAUAGUAAUUGAUGGAAAAACAGUAAAAGCACAAAUUUGGGAUACUGCUGGACAAGAAAGGUAUAGAGCUAUUACGACUGCUUAUUAUCGAGGUGCUGUAGGCGCUUUGUUAGUAUAUGAUAUAUGUAAAGAAAGUUCUUUUCAAAAUCUAGACAAAUGGUUAAGAGAGCUUCGCGAUCAUGCUGAUCCACAGAUCGUUGUCAUGUUAAUUGGAAAUAAGACAGAUCUUAAGCAUCUAAGAGCUAUUAAAACAGAAGACGGUGCUAAAUAUGCUCAGCAGCAUAAAAUUGCUUUUAUUGAAACUUCGGCUUAUGAUGCCAGCAAUAUUGAUUCAGCAUUUGAAAGGAUUUUGAAUGAAAUUUAUCAAAUCACAGUCAGAGUAGGGGCUGGAGGGGGAAGUGGGAGACCUUCAAUUGGCCCAAGUAGAAGGAUCGAUAUAAGGGAAGAAAAUGUUGUAGUGACUAAUGAUAAUCAAAAUAAAAAGAAAACUGAUUCAGGUUGCUGCUAA